GGCGCGCGGAAGCCAGUCCGGGGUGGGCGUGAGCACAGAGAAGGCGGGCGAAUGCAAACAAACAAACAAAAAAAGAACGCCGCGUUUGUCUGACCCGCGACAUCAUUGAGCGCGCCACGUCGGUAAUUUAAAAAGGAAGGAGCUGCGCGCGCAAGAUGAGAACGUGAGGGAAUCGAAUGCUCGCGCGCGACCAGGCUUUCCUCCACCGGGGCGGUAUUGAGCGCGUGCACACACACCCGCGCGCGGCGGUGGCGCUGCUGCUGCUACUGCUACUGCUACUGCUACUGCUGCUAAUAUCCGCCUCCCCAAAAGCCAGGGUAGCGGCGCUGAGGGCGGCCGGCCUCGGGCAGGGCAAGCUUGUUUUGCUCGGCAGCCUUAAAUAAAGAAAACACAGACUCCUAAGCGAAAGCUCAUCAGUCUACUCAGCUCAUACCUGACAACUAUAUUAAAAAUGGCUGCUAGUAAGGCAAAAAGUCAAAGCUCUCUUGCCCUUCACAAAGUAAUCAUGGUUGGUAGUGGAGGCGUUGGCAAAUCAGCACUUACCCUUCAGUUUAUGUAUGAUGAGUUUGUUGAAGACUAUGAACCAACCAAGGCUGAUAGUUACAGAAAAAAAGUUGUUCUAGAUGGCGAAGAAGUCCAAAUAGAUAUUCUGGAUACAGCAGGGCAAGAAGAUUAUGCAGCUAUUCGAGACAACUACUUCCGUAGCGGAGAAGGUUUUCUCUUAGUUUUCUCCAUAACUGAGCACGAAUCCUUUACAGCCACAGCAGAAUUUAGGGAACAGAUUCUCCGUGUAAAAGCUGAAGAAGAUAAAAUACCAUUACUCGUGGUGGGAAACAAAUCAGACUUGGAGGACCGGCGACAAGUACCUGUAGAAGCUGCUCGAAGUAAAGCAGAAGAAUGGGGAGUACAGUAUGUAGAGACAUCAGCAAAAACAAGAGCAAAUGUAGAUAAGGUCUUUUUUGAUUUGAUGAGAGAAAUUAGAUCCAAGAAAAUGUCAGACAAUAAAGACAAGAAUGGCAAAAAAAGCAGCAAGAAUAAGAAGAGUUUUAAAGAACGAUGUUGCUUAUUGUGAUCUUUAAGAGCUAUACAUAUAGGUGACAGUACUAACAAGACGUUUUACUACUAACGAUAGAGGACUGAAUUAAUAAGAAGAAAUCUGAAAUCAAUACAUUUUUCAACUCACAUUGGUAUAAGAAUUGAAGUCCAACAGAUCCAUGUAUACCAAGAGGGAUGGUUCUUGAAAGCAGCUGUCACUGGUAAACAUUAAUGCAAACAUUUUUUCCUUUUGUCAUAAGCAAUUUACCUGUUAGUCACAUGGUGCACUCUGAAUUUACCUCCAGAUCCUGUUUCCAAGGGCACUCUUCAACAACUCUUCACCAUCCUUUUUUUGUUUAAACGGCAAGUUUUCACUGAAGUUCCACCAAAGUUACCUGUCUUUUCUUUGUGACUUCAGUUUGUGUGCUCUUAAAGGUUUAGGCCUUCAGUGAUUCUUUAAAAACCACAAGUUGAAAAAAUUGAGCUAUUUCUGCCCUUUGAAAUUUACAGUGCUGCUUAAAAUAAGUUACGGUGGUGUCAGUUUUGCUGUUUUGCCAACAUAUUAGAUGGACGAUAUAAGGCUUAAAAAAACUGAGCAGUGAGUUAGUAUUUCUAUAAUGAUUAUAGUAAUUUUCAGCCUAUAAUUUCAGAACAUUAGUAGUUAUAUUCUGACAAGUUACAGUUUCUUAGAUUGGGAGUAAAUUAACCAGGCAUCUUGAUGUAGAGGAAUUUCUAGGCUUAACCCAACUUUUCAAUACAUUUGAAGGGCAGAACUCCCAUCCUUUUAGUCCAGCAUAGUCAGUAGCCACAAUUGUUGAGGAUGAUGGUAUUUGCAAUCCAAGACAUAUGAAUGGCAUCAAGUUAGGGAUUGUUGGUUUAUUCCAUUGAGUAAUUCUACCCUUCAUCCCAAAGCUUGAACAUUUCUAUUCGUGAUGUUGCAGUGGUUUGUGGUCAUGUAUUGAAGCCAUAGUGGUUGCUACAUUUUUGCUCUUAAACAGGAGAAGGGUCUGUUUUUUUAAAAAAAUGUGAGUUCACAUUCUGUAAUCUCAUGAAUUGGAUACAGUCUGUGUCUUAAAAGUAGAUGGUAAAAGAAUCCACCAGUACUUAUCCUGCAGUUACUCCAUUGGAACUGUUAAAAAAAAAAAAGAAGCUUGUGCAGAAAAUGCUUCUAGUGGAUUGUUCGAUGCAGAGAAACCUAGUGAUGCAUUACAAUGGGCUUUACUUUCUUUCUCCCAUAAGAGUUGUUGAUAUCUGCCUAGGUGACAUCAAGACAUGGAAUUCCACUCCUGAGCACUCACUAUUGUUUUCCUGGACAUUGCGGAGCAGUGGUGGGUAAAUUAAAAAGAGGGAUAUGGACAAUCUUUUCACAUGUACUUAAAAAAAAAAAAAA